CACACAAAUAGAUAUAAGAGAGAUUGGUACUAUGGAAGUAGUUCAAGUACUUCGCAUGAAUGGAGGCCUCGGAGAAACCAGUUAUGCCAACAACUCUCUAGUUCAGAGAAAAGUGAUUUCGAUGACCAAGCCUAUAACAGAGGAAGCAAUAACGCAAGUUUACCGCAGCGUCGACGCGAUCGCGAACCGCUUCUGCAUAGCAGAGCUGGGCUGUUCGUCCGGGCCGAACACUUUGGUGGUGGCGGCGGAGCUCAUCAGCACUGUUCACCAGUUGAGCCGAAGCCACGGCCGUCAGCUUCCGGAAUUCCAGAUACUGUUGAACGAUCUCCCGGGGAACGAUUUCAAUUCCAUUUUCCACUCCUUGCUGCCGCAGUUCCGGGCGGAGCUCAACCAACAAAUGGGAUCUAAAUCGGCUCCUUGCUUCGUCUAUGGUGUUCCGGGCUCAUUUUACGGCCGCCUUUUCGCCGCAAACAGCCUCCAUUUUGUGCACUCUUCUUACAGCCUCAUGUGGCUCUCCAAGGUGCCUGAAGGGGUGGAGGAAUGGAACAAGGAGGAAAUAUACAUCGGAAGCAAAAGCAUGGCGCCGGCGAUAAACGCGUACUACAACCAAUUCCGGGUAGAUUUCGACACAUUCCUGAAAUGCCGGUCGGAGGAAGUUGUGGGAGGCGGAGCAAUGGUGCUUACUAUUCUUGGGCGGAAGAGCGAAAACGCGGCGAGCAAGGAAUGCUGCUAUAUUUGGGAACUCUUGGCUCUCUCUCUCAAGGAAAUGGUGUCGGAAGGAGCCAUCGAGGAAGAGAAGCUCCACUCAUUCAACAUCCCUCAAUACACUCCUUCCCCGGCUGAGGUGAAGAGGAGCGUGGAAGAAGAAGGCUCCUUCGCCAUCAGCCGCCUCGAGGCCACGGAGAUCAGAUGGGCCGAUUGCGGCAGUGGCGAAAGCGGGUACGAAUCGUACGAUGUGGCGAAAUGCAUGAGAUCGGUGGCGGAGCCGUUGCUGGUGGAGCAUUUUGGGGAGUCGAUAAUCGAUGAGUUGUUCGUAAAGUAUCAGAGAAUCCUCACCGAUCGAAUGUCCAAGGAAGAGACCAAGUUCGUCAACGUCACUGUUUCUCUGAUCCGAAGAUAGAGGAUGAUGAUUCCUCCAUCGUUUCAGUGCAAAUUGAUUAUGUGAUUAAUGUGCUUAUUAUGUGUGGGUAAGGUGUGAUAUACUAGUAUAAAAUUAAAGUCACCUUUUAAAAAGGUUUCAAUAAUGAUGUGUAAAAUUUUGUUUGUACUAUGUAAAUUUAUCUCUUAUGAUGUCGAAUACUUAAUAUUUUUUUGUUAA